GCGUGGGGAGGCAGGCCAGGCGCGCACGCUGCCGGGCAGAAUCACCGCCCCCACCUCUGCCUGGACGGGAAGUGAGUCGCCGGGGUCCCUAGUGCAAUCCAACCAGAGAGCAGGUCUCAAAGCUGCCUGUACCCCGGCCGAAGCAUGGCGGCCGCCAAGGUGGCUUUAACCAAGAGAGCAGAUCCAGCUGAGCUUAAAGCAAUAUUUUUGAAGUAUGCAAGCAUUGAAAAGAAUGGUGAAUUUUUUAUGUCACCUCAUGACUUUGUCACUCGGUAUUUGAAUAUUUUUGGAGAAAGCCAGCCCAACCCGAAGACUGUGGAACUGUUAAGCGGUGUGGUGGAUCAGACCAAAGAUGGGUUAAUAUCCUUCCAAGAAUUUGUAGCGUUCGAAUCUGUCCUGUGUGCUCCGGAUGCCUUGUUUAUGGUGGCCUUCCAGCUGUUUGACAAAGCUGGCAAAGGAGAGGUUACUUUUGAGGACGUCAAGCAAGUUUUUGGACAGACGACAAUUCAUCAACAUAUUCCGUUUAACUGGGAUUCAGAAUUCGUGCAACUACACUUUGGAAAAGAAAGAAAAAGACACCUUACAUAUGCAGAGUUCACUCAGUUUUUGUUGGAAAUACAGUUGGAGCACGCAAAGCAAGCCUUUGUGCAACGAGACAAUGCCAAGACGGGAAAAGUCACAGCCAUUGACUUCCGGGACAUCAUGGUGACCAUCCGUCCUCAUGUCCUGACUCCUUUUGUUGAAGAAUGUCUAGUAGCUGCCGCUGGAGGCACGAGGUCCCAUCAAGUCAGUUUCUCCUAUUUUAAUGGAUUUAAUUCGCUCCUUAACAACAUGGAGCUCAUUAGGAAGAUCUACAGCACCCUGGCUGGCAGCAGGAAAGAUGUGGAGGUGACCAAGGAGGAGUUCGCUCUGGCAGCCCAGAAGUUUGGUCAGGUUACACCCAUGGAAGUUGACAUCUUGUUUCAGUUAGCGGAUUUAUAUGAGCCGAGGGGGCGCAUGACCUUAGCAGACAUUGAGCGGAUCGCCCCUCUAGAGGAAGGAAUGUUGCCCUUCAACUUGGCUGAGGCCCAGAGGCAGCAGAAGGCCUCGGGUGAUGCUGCUCGGCCCUUUCUUCUACAGCUGGCAGAGUCGGCCUACAGGUUUGGACUGGGUUCUAUUGCUGGAGCGGUCGGAGCCACUGCCGUAUAUCCCAUCGAUCUUGUGAAGACUCGAAUGCAGAACCAGCGAUCAACCGGCUCGUUUGUGGGAGAGCUCAUGUAUAAAAACAGCUUUGACUGUUUUAAGAAAGUGCUCCGCUACGAGGGCUUCUUUGGACUGUACAGAGGUUUGCUGCCACAGUUGCUGGGAGUCGCCCCGGAGAAGGCCAUAAAACUUACAGUGAAUGAUUUUGUGAGAGAUAAGUUCAUGCACAAAGAUGGCUCCGUCCCACUUUUGGCAGAGAUUUUUGCUGGAGGCUGUGCUGGAGGCUCCCAAGUGAUUUUCACAAAUCCUUUAGAAAUAGUCAAGAUUCGCUUACAAGUGGCUGGAGAGAUCACCACUGGCCCCCGCGUCAGCGCUCUGUCGGUGGUUCGAGACCUGGGGUUCUUUGGCAUCUACAAGGGUGCCAAAGCGUGCUUUCUGAGGGACAUUCCUUUCUCGGCCAUCUACUUCCCAUGCUAUGCCCAUGUGAAGGCUUCCUUUGCGAAUGAAGACGGGCAGGUCAGCCCUGGAAGCCUGCUCUUAGCUGGUGCUAUUGCUGGUAUGCCUGCCGCAUCUUUAGUGACCCCUGCUGAUGUUAUCAAGACUAGAUUACAGGUGGCUGCCCGGGCUGGCCAAACCACUUACAGCGGUGUGACAGACUGCUUCAGAAAGAUACUUCGGGAAGAAGGCCCCAAAGCCUUGUGGAAAGGAGCUGGUGCUCGCGUCUUCCGCUCCUCACCGCAGUUUGGUGUCACCUUGCUUACUUACGAACUGCUGCAGCGAUGGUUCUACGUCGAUUUUGGAGGCGUGAAGCCCGUGGGAUCUGAGCCCGUUCCUAAAUCCCGGAUUACUCUGCCCGCUCCCAAUCCUGACCACGUAGGGGGCUACAAACUGGCAGUUGCAACAUUCGCGGGCAUUGAAAACAAGUUCGGACUUUACCUACCUCUCUUUAAGCCGUCAGCAUCUACCUCAAAAGUGACCGCUGUGGGCUCAUAGGGGGACUGACCCGGAUGUGGCUGUAAAAUUGAUUGGAACCACAACAAGCCUCGUCGGGGGUUUGAAGCAUGGCUCCGCCCCUUCCGCAUCUGUCCCAUUUAAAUUCAGGUCAAUGCUUCUUAUAUUAAAUGCAAUCAUUCAUUUUCUGGAUGUUUUUUUGUAGCAAGAUCAUGUGGAAUUAUUCCUAAUUAUUCUUUGGCACGCUGCCCGUAACCUGUGUUUGUAUCUUUUAAAUACUGGGAUUUGGUCAAUACUAAACUUGAUCUGGAGUAAGUCUGAAGGGAAAUGAGGGAGGUCUCCUACCCGGAUGAUGGUCUCACUGAUGCUACUGAAAGGCAGCCAUGGUUGCUAAAAGAGUUCCGAGUAUGUUUAAAGUAGUAGAAAGCUAGGUAUGUAUUUAUAAAAAUGAAAAACACUGGAAGGGGAGGGAAAAAAUCCAAAUAUCUAGCCUGGACUCAAAUUUUAAACAUGCACAAAUUUGGCCUCUGGAUUAUAUUAUGAAGAUUUUAUGUGAAACAUGUUUUUUCAUAAUGAAAACCACAUUGAGGAUGUUUAGCAAUCAUUCUCUUACUAUACCAAGUCUACUAGGGAAACGUUUCGAAUGUUAAGGAAGUGCUUUGGCCUUUUUAUUAUAGAGACAGAAGAAAUUCUACUCCUGAGCAUACUGAUUUGGGCUAAAUAUGUAUAUGAUGAGCACAGAUUGAUUCCAAGUCUAAGAGUCGCUGCAAGAAUGAUGUACGUCCCUCUUUGCUGGUACCACCCUCCUCCAGUCCCCAUGGUUGGCACCCAUUCGCGUUUAAAAUCCACUUUCUUGAAUCAUGUCAGACAAAUAUACUCUUAAGUCUAUAUUUAAUUUGGGGUGCCAUGCAUUAUGGUCAGAGGCCUGUGUGUCUGUGAAGGGAAAAAUAAAACUAUUUUUAAAGCCA